AUGAUUUGGUCCGUCCCUGCAGACCCAAGAUUCACCACGUGUCGCGCACGGCCGUUCCGCAGCCUUGUCGGCAGUCCAUGUGACAGGGCAAAGUUCAAACCCGGAAAAUCAAUCCCAGACUACUUUCUCCUACGGCGUGCGCACAUUGGUUGGACCCCGAGAAUGCCGCUCGGCGAAGUAAUCAGCGUAUUCGCAGGCCAGUGCGGAACGCAGGUCUCCCAGGCCGUGUGGGAAUUAAUGGCCGUGGAGCACGGUGUCGGUCCCGAUGGCAUGCUGAUCGAUCCCUCGGCCGAGACCGACUACGACAAACAGUCGGGCAACGUCUUCUUCAUGGUCGACAAUAAGGAUCGCUACGUUCCACGCACCACUAUCGUUGACACUGAACCCACCGUUAUUGAUGAAGUUCGUUGUGGACUGUACCGAACAAUGUUUAAUCCACGUGGUCUGAUCAGUGGAUUGGAGGAUAUGGCAAACAACUUUGGCCGUGGCUACUAUGGUGUUCCACAAACGUUGAUCGAUGCAACCAUCAAUUCUAUUAGAAAAGAGGUUGAACACACUGAUCUUUUGCAAGCCAUUCUCUUCUGCCAUGCUUAUGGCGGCGGUACGGGUGGUGGAACAGCCUGUCGCAUCGCCGAAUUAAUGGACACGGAGUUUAUGAAGAUACCCAAAAUCGAAAUCGCCGUGUUCCCAGACCACCAGAAGUCCUGUUGUGUCGUGGAGCCCUACAAUGCAAUCCUCUGUUGCAGCACCCUCGACGAUAUCAGCACUUUCUCCGUGUUGUGUGAAAAUGAAGCCCUAACGGAUAUCUGCACAAAGAAAUUGGGUAUCGAAAGACCGGCCUUCUCUCAUCUCAACCGUGUUAUCGCUCAGGCAACUAGUGGCUUCACCGCGACCCUAAGACAUGAGGGACCAGUGACAGCUUCAUUGCUACAAUUACAAACCAAUCUUGUUCCCUUUCCUCGUCUACGUUACCUACAACUUGGAAUUGCACCGCUCUGCACCGCCGAUGUAAUGUCGCAUGAGGCUUUUACAGUGCCUGAGCUGACGUUAAAGUGCUUCGAGAAGGAGAACCAGAUGAAUACUUGCGACCCUAAGAAUUCUGUGAUGAUGGCGUGCGCUCUGCUGUAUCGCGGUGAUGUACCAAUUAAGGAGAUAACAGACAGCAUUGAGAUCUUCAAGAAGCGCUCGAUUGUAGGCCUAGUCGAUUGGUGCCCCACAGGCUUCAAGGUAGGCGUGGUAGAGCGACCUCCUGCGGUGGUAAAACAGAGUGGCUUGGGCAAGACAUGUCGACAGCUGACAGCCGUCUACAACUCUACACUUGUUAUUGAACCGUUCAAAUGUAUCCUCCACCGAUUCAGCACUCUCCUCGCCAAGAAGGCCUUUGUUCACUGGUUCCUCCAGGAAGGCAUGGAGGAGGCCGAGUUCUGCGAGUGUGCUGACGACGUACAGGCCAUAAUGAACGACUAUAUCUUCAUUGAGAACUGUUUCAACACCGGGGCAGAAUGUGCGGAGCCGCCAACAGUUGACAGGCGAUUCAAUAACCCCUGUCGUGGAGAAGAGGAGGAAGAAGAAGAAGAAGAAGAAUGCGCCGCUGAGGAUUGUAUGAACUGUGAUCUCGAUGACAUGUUUGACGACGAAGACGACGGGUGUGAUGAUGAUUGCGGUGAGAAUGAAGGAAAAAAUGGGGUGUGCAACUUAUAG